ACGUCACAGCUCAAUUCCCGAGUCAAAUAUAGAAGACGAUUGUCUGAUUCUAAUUCUCACAUUCCCCGAUUUUAGAUUGGUCGCAAAAUCAGACGAAGAAGAAAACAACAAUGCCUCGGGGAACGCUUGAAGUUCUUCUCGUUGGAGCCAAAGGUCUCGAUGGCACAGAUUUUCUAAGUAGCGUUGAUCCAUAUGUCAUUCUCACUUGUCGGACUCAGGAGCAAAAGAGCAGCAUCGUUUCAGGAGAAGAACCACAAUGGAAUGAGACUUUCAUUUUCACAAUCUCUGAGGGAACCACAGAGCUCAAUUUGAAGAUAAUGGAUAAAGAUACUUUUACUGCAGAUGAUUUUCUUGGAGAAGUCAACAUUCCUUUAGAGCCUGUGUUCAUGGAAGGAAAUUUCCCAUCAACAGCGUACAAUGUUGUCAAGGACCAAGAAUACCGUGGAGAGAUUCGAGUUGGCCUCAGUUUCACCCCAGAGGAUUACAGCAAUGAACGAUCGUAUGGCCAGGAGGAGGACAGCUACGGUGGCUGGAAAGAAUCUUCUUAGAGAGACUGAAGGAGUUUGGUAUUUUUAUGGCUAAAUUAUCUUAUCCAGAAUGAUAAUAAAAAUAAGUCACAUAGUGAACUUGAAAGUGUGCCCUUAUGGAGCUUGGCAUCCUUUGUUUUAUUUAACCUCUUUGUUGAUUAGAUUUGUGUACUGACCAAAUUUUUUGGGAGUAAAACUUCUGCUUAUCGUUGCUCUUUAAGAGAUGAAAGAUCCCUUGUCCUGCAAAAUUGUUUACCAUGUUAACAUUGAUAUUCAUGAACUUGUGCUACCUAGUAUGUGAAGGUUGUUUAUUGGUGUA